CUAUACACAGUGGAAACGACGUGCGACGAGGUCUUGACAGCGGUCAGACUUCUAUCGCUCAGCAAACUCCCACGGAGACCGUCCAUAGGCUGUCUCUAUAUCUAUUAGAUACUCCGACUCACCAACCGGGUGAUACCACCAUUCCACAGGACUAUGUAGGGUCGUGCUCGAGAUUGUUCGCAGACCACUGCACCUGUAUCACUUGUUGUAACCUGCCACAGUUAGCAUUAGAACCGUCGUCAAGUGUACCACAGACGACAGAUGCGUGCAGGAUGGAGCGAAGUACAAUAACACACCCACACACACACCCACACACACCAGUACUACCACACCCACACACACCAGUACAACCACGCCCACACCCACAAGCACUCGACCCAGAAUGUGUCCUCAACCCUGACCCCAUCCCGGUGGCCGCAAUCGUGCCGCCCGUGUCCCUCUGGAGGCCUAAAACCCCAAACCCAGGACAGUUGGGCAACGGAAUGGGUCAUGCGGAGAUGAUACCAGACCGCCAGGACGAGCAGACAGACGGCUUACAGGCAGUGGCUACGUCGAGUUGCAACUGGCAAUGGCCUAUACUCGCAUCACAACCUGACUUACCACCAGUUGAAUGGGUGCCCCUGUGUGGUACCGAACUUCUACAGCUAGUCUGUGCACCACAGACGACUGACCCACUUCCGGUACACACGGAUAGUGGUACUUGGCCCAUAGGGAUUGGUAGUAGGGACGUGGGCAAGGCACUGGAUAUGCGCCUCACUGACGCAAAUGCAUGCAUGGACACCUGUGACUCUGAUGCGUGCAUGGACACUGGCCUAUACACCCACAGCACAGCGUAUCUCAGUCUCAGUCCACAGCCUGAGCAGCGUGCUGUGUCAGAGGAGGCGCUGAUCAACCUCAUCCCACACUCAGGCUCCACCUCACCUGUACAAACGCCCACUCUGUUUGAGGUGUCGCCCAUCGCAAGCACUGCGGAGUGUAGCAUAACUCCCACACAAAGUGCACAGGGAGAUCAGGUGUCUGCUAUACCACCUACUGUGGGGUGUAGCGUAUGGGGCUAUCCCGCCGACACCUGCCUGGAGUCUGUACUGCUGGAAGGGCCUGUGUUCCGAAUGGAGACAUCACCUGUGCACACAGAUGAGAGUCUCGUGAACACUCUGGCACGGACAGUGAGGCUGUUGCGAGAUGUGGGCAAUUGGUUGGAGACUGCAGAGCAGGAUUUGUCGAUCGCGUUACAGAAGUGCGUUGACCAGUCGGCGAGCACUUUGCCUAUGCUGUCAGUGUCGGAUUUGCUAUGCUCACAGACCACAGAGUGGGGCGGAGAGGUGCCAGAUCUGCCCAAAGAGCCCGCCUUGGCAUGUACAUGCCCGCAGUUGCUAUGGCAACCGUUCAUUUUCCCACCCCAGGCACCUUCCAUAUCGGGACGUAUACCUACUUGCAGAGGACUCACAACGCGUAGACACACCCCGGAUAACCAGCCCCCGCGCAGUGAGCGCACACGGCCGCAACGACCUAUCACUGACGCAAACCCCCGCGGUACCGAACAUCACUACAAUUUACGCAGACACCCCACCCCUGCGACCCAACCCCAGACAACCCAGUCGCAGGCGAGAGACACUCCAGACAGCCGUGACAGUGGGAGAGUGGGCUGUGGUCACUCUCUUGCAGUCCAUGAGAUGAAUGCACCACAAGGCCGAACAUCUCCCACCACGCCCACCCUGCGCAUGAGUACGUGCAGGGCUGUGGCUAGCACAGGUGAUAGUAGUCAGAACAGGGACGACGCCCAUGUGCGAAAGGCGCUGAGACGCCGAAACAGUGCGAGGUAUAUACGAGAGCUGACAGCGGCUAUGCUUGCCGACACGCCUGCCCAGCACGAGAAGGAGGGUGUGGGAGAUGUGGAGGGAACACACACCACCGCCAAGAGAAAGUCUGUAAAGCAGCCACACUGCGAAGGUACGGUUGACAGCGACACUGCCGACCCUAUCACCAACAGCAGCAUUUUGGUCAGAAGUGCACCCACACGCGCCGAGACAGGUCCUCAGUUUUUGGACCGGUCGGACGGGACAAUUGGUGGCCGGGGCACCAAGAGGAGGUGCUGUGAAAGCCCCAGUGAGUGGGAGGGGGUGGAGACACACUCGAAGAAGCGCAGAGUCUCACCACAACUGAUCUCGGCUCAGCUGUUAGAAUGCGAUAGCACAGACGAACAACACACACACACACACACGCCACACCUCAGCUGUACAGCGUAUGAGCCAGUCAAGAGAAAUACACGAGUGCACACACAGGUGGCGGAGAAGGGUACAGGCAAGGCACACUCAUAUAGUGGGAUAUCCCUACGAAUUACGGGGCUAAGGGCAAGUGCAACGGGUAUUAAAAGGCUAAAGGACGAGAUGACGGGAGACCCACGGACACUCGGCAAGGCAACAGCUAGCCACCGCACCACACACGCACAUGCAACACACACGAACCCAUGCACACCCACACACACACCACCUGCACGCACACACGCGCAUACAACACACACGAACCCGUACACACCCACACACACACCUGCACGCACACGCGCACAUACAACACACACGAACCCGUACACACCCACACACACACCUUCACGCACACACGCACGCACGGGCACGGGUCCAAGCCAUCUGGCGAGCAAAUGGCCAGCCACCUCACUGGAAAGGAUACAUGGUGACAAGGGGUGUGACAAUGGGACAAGCGGAAAGGAUGAGGAGAAAGAGAAGGCGAAGGAGAAGGAGAAGGAGAAGGUGCCGCUAAGGAACACGCGUGCGUGGGAACCACUGCACUCGACUUGGACAACAGAGACAGACGAGAAAACGGGCGAGGAAACGGACAAGGAAAUGGAUAAGGAUAAGGAUGCGGAUAAGGAUACGGAUAAGGAUAUGGAUACGGAUAAGGAUACGGAUAAGGAUAUGGAUAAGGACAAAGAUAAGCAAAUGGAAACGGAAAAUGAGUCCGAGGACGAGUAUGGGAAUGAGAUGGAGAUGGACAAGGGACGGGCUGUGUGUAUCCAGCCACCGACAUCCCCCGCAGUGCGGCAUGAGCCCAGAAGUUCGGUACCUAGCAGCUCCUACGCUUGCACACAACAGCAGCAUCGACUGCCCCCGCCCCAACGCUGUGCACAGGAGAUCAGAGGGCUGAGAGAGGACAUGCUGGCAGACACGCCUGCACCUCGAGACAGGGGGGACAGGGCCGGUGGGACAGAUGGGAACGCACCUGUUUAUACAGGGCACGGUACACCCUCGCGCACACGGGCAAGGACCAGUCCUUUUGUCAGAGACGGGGCGGACACAGCUGUGAACGGAACAGGCGCUCAGAGCAACGGCGGUCCCAGCCCAAGCGGACGAGGUGCAGGGCAGGUGCACCCGCACAAACGAAGCGCUCGGGAGACACCCACGACCCACGGCACCACAGACACGCAGUCGCGUUUGCAAAGUGGGCGCACUCAACCAACUAAACCUACAGCUCACACCACACAGUCCCACACAGUGACCCCUGCACACACACUCCCCUCGUACCGCUCUACGCAAUCACCCGCACACGUGUGGGGUAGCAGUGGGGCGUACAGCGUAAGACGAGGUGUGCGUCUGCGUCUGACGCUGCCCAGACACCGCGCAGAGACACACCACGGGACGACGGAGGAUAGCGUUGAUAUGCGCACAGAUACAACACAGACACCACGCAGCAGGACACACGUGGCUGAGAUACCAACUACACAGGCAAGCAUGGAUGUGUGCACAGGGGUAUGCACACGCACACGCACACGUGCACACACACGCGUGGUCACAGCCACAGCCCCUCCGGCGCCACAGCCAGGGACGGUUAAGGCGUGUGUGAGGGCAGAGAGGGAUGAGACAGGCGAAGGGCGGAUGGGAAGCACAGCUCAUAACAGAGCGUAUAGGGGACUGCUUAUGUACUACACGGGGAAGGACAAGGUGCGCAGGCGUGUGCCAAGCACCUUGCCCUCGCAUUAUCGAGCCAAGCUACUGUCGCACAUCAAGAUAGACCCUACACAUACCUAUACAUAUACACAUACACAUGCACAUACACACAACACGCAGCCACGGGCACAGGCAUGGGCGUCUGGUGCUCUGAGCAUGCACACCCUACGACAGCCCUGUAGCUACGCAACGGAGACAGGCACGUUACACCCCACGUGCACAGUACACAACACAUGCAACACACCCAACACACCCAACACCCAGGCAAUAGGUAUGACGACGAUGCAACGCACACGCGGAAUGGCAGGGGAAGGUACGGACACAGAAAGUGGGGUAGGAGUUGACUCACAUCCCUCUGAGCCAUGGCCCUUUCCCCGCGGAGAGGUGCAGUGUCCCAAAACCCUGGCAUGGGGCUGAAACGGACCUCAGCCAACAUCAGGGCGUAC